GAAGUUCGAAAUGAAAUAUUUUGACCCAGACAAUGGAGCGUGGCAAGAAAUGUUGCCAGAAGAGAACCGUGCUAAACAACAACAAGAUCUAGACGCUAUAUCCAUGUCUUCAGCAUCCAUGGUGGGGGAAAAUACUCACAGAGGUCUUUAUCGGACGAAGAGUACGUCUAGUCGAUAUUCCCUAAAAAGCAAUGGCACGGACGGAGGGGCUGGAUCUGGAAUUGUACGCCUAACAAAGGGUAUACCGGGAAGACAUCGAAAAAGAGUCAUCCUGAAAAACGGAACAGUCAAUUUGUCCAAAGAACAUGUUAGUAAAAGGAGCCAGAGAUAUUUACAAGAUAUUUUCACAACCCUCGUUGACAUACAGUGGCGGUACAAUCUUCUGGUUUUCGCCUUAGGUUUUUUACUUAGUUGGCUCAUUUUCGCCCUCAUAUGGUGGCUAAUUUGCUUGGCACAUGGUGACUUUCAACACAUAGGGGACGAAAAUUGGAAUCCUUGCGUUACAGAAGUUCACUCAUUUUCGACUGCUUUUCUCUUUUCCGUGGAAACGCAGCACACCAUCGGCUACGGUUCCAGAUACAUCGCAGACGAAUGUCCAGAAGCAGUAUUCAUUCUUUGUGCUCAAUCCAUCACCGGUGUCAUGAUUCAGUGCUUCAUGGCCGGAAUAGUUUUCGCUAAACUGUCCAGACCCAAGAAAAGGUCUCAGACUCUCAUGUUCAGCCGCUACGCUUGCGUUUGCCUCCGAGAUGGAAAGUUAUGCUUUAUGUUUAGAGUUGGAGACAUGAGAAAAUCACAUAUCAUCGGGGCGAAGAUAAGCGCCCAAGUCAUCCGCAGGAAAACCACUGCUGAAGGAGAGGUUAUCCCAUAUUACCACACACAACUAGAUGUCCGCUUCGAUAAUGGUGGAGAUGACGUAUUCCUCAUCUGGCCAGCAACUAUUGUUCAUGAGAUUAAUGAGACAAGUCCUUUCUUUCUAAAAUCAGCUGAAGAUAUGCUCAGAGAGAGAUAUGAAGUGGUGGCCAUUCUCGAAGGGACGAUCGAGUCCACUGGGCAGUCAAUCCAAGCUCGAUCAUCAUACAUAUCUAUGGAGAUACUCUGGGGUCAUCGCUUUGAUCAGGUUGUUAGUUUUCGAAAAGAAACUGGUGAAUAUUUGGUGGAUUACAGCAAAUUCAAUGCAACCAAUGAGGUACAAACGCCACUUUGCAGUGCAAAAGACUUCAUGGACUACCAACGAAUGUUAGCCGAAGUUGCAAAAUCCCCAGCACCACUUGACAAUAGCACCACCAGCACACGUGAUUCCUACCAGCGCAGCAAUUCUUCACCGGAAGGAAGGUCUACUGGAUCUAAAGGAAUAGAAGCUACAUUGGAAACGCCACUUUUACCACCAUCAAUGCAAAUGAGCUCAGAUUGCUGACACAGAAAUAUUUUUUGUAUCACGAAGAAAUUAUUUUGACGAUCAAAGAAAAUCUUUUCAAUAAAAACUUUUACUUUUAAACCUUUUCAUAAAGUUCAAGAAACAUUAUGAAAUGAACAUAUUAUUUUGGACGGUGAUUGUUAUUACUCCGUAGCAUAGAAAAUGCCACAAAUUUA